GGGACGGACGUGUCGAGAACAUUUUUGCACGCGUAUACGAACGCCGAUUCUCAUAAUCAAAUUCGAACGCUAGUGAUUUUAAAAGAAGUGAUGUUCUAUAGACAAUUGACAGUUAAUUUUUUUAUAGUUUCGUGUUGUUUUUAUUAAGUUUUAGCUAAAGCUAAAGUAUAUUAUGUACCCAACAGAUUUGAAGAAUGGACAGCUUAAACUGAAUUCGUUUGGCAAAAACUUAGACCACAACAUUAUGCUGAAAACUAUACAGAACUUUUGCUAUAACAAGUCAAACGCGGGACCUUUUACCAUGACGUCGCCGUUUUUAGUCGACAAUAUAUUGCACCAACAGAAAACUGAACUCCAGAAUCAGUAUAUCAACCAACAGAUCGAGAAUUACGUGCGACAAAACUAUGAGAGAUCACGGAACAACACGCCUGAAAUAGACGAUGCAAAACUAGCUGAAUGUGACGAGGAAAAUCGUCAAGAGGAAUCGAUUGACGAAUCUAAAAUUGAGGAUGAAGACUCUAAAAGUCGGGAUGAAGAUUAUGUUAAAAGCGAAGCUUACUUCAACAACGAGUUUUAUACAAGAGCUGAUGAAUCUCGGUCUACAGAAAAAGAAGUUUUAAACGUUCCUAAUCUUAUAAGGCGCUGUCAAACAUGUGGGUCAUUUGAAUGCCCGCCGUUUGCGUGCAAAAAAUCCGGUAUCCGACGCCUUCAAGAGCUGGAGAAGCGAUUUAACUUAAACUACCAUGAGAAUUCUGGAGACGAAGCUGAGAAACAUGAUAAAGGGUAUACAGAUGACCUGGUCAGGAAUUGUGAUGAGUAUACUGAGCAGAAAAAGCCCUUGUUGAAGUUCAGUGUUAGUGCCAUUUUGGGUGAAGAUAGUUUGAAAAGUAACAACGUUAGCGAAUACCGGCAGCCGAUAAUGGGUAGUCCCUGGCCCAUCGCGAAGCCGAUAGCCAGCCGGCCGAUACCAGUACAGCAUCAGCACCUACAACAUCUGUUGGCACACUGUCACCAUCCCUACUUAGUGAGACCGGCGCAAGCGCACACACAAGUAUUCCCCCUCCCCGGCGGCUUCCCAUGGGCACACAGUUCAAGAGGUAAACCCCGUCGCGGCAUGAUGCGUCGCGCAGUCUUCUCCGACCUUCAGCGCAAGGGUCUGGAGAAGAGGUUCCAAGUCCAGAAGUACAUCUCCAAGCCAGAUCGGAAGAAACUGGCUGAGAAACUUGGAUUGAAGGAUAGUCAGGUAAAAAUAUGGUUUCAAAACCGACGCAUGAAAUGGCGGAACUCAAAAGAGCGAGAACUCCUCGCGUCAGGUGGGUCUCGGGAACAAACCUUACCAAACAAGAACAACCCCCACCCUGACCUAUCUGAUGCUGAAGCUGAUAAACCAAAACUAUCUCCUCUCUCACCAUCAAAUGAAGAACAGACUGAGGACAUGAAAAAGGUUUAUGCAACUACGUCAAAUGACUUUAGAGGUUAUGACGACAAAAUGGCGGGCGGGCAAAUGUUUUCCCGCGACAUUUCGUAUCAAAACAUGGAGGAAGACGAAUUUGAAAGCGACGCUAGCGCCAGUGAUGAAGAAAUUAAUGUAACAUGACCUGUUUUUGUAUGUUAGACGAGAAAUUUGUAUGAUAAUUGUGUAGUGUUGUGUAUAUUUUGGUUGGUUCUAAGUGUAGGGAUGUAAUUUAAUAGUUUAUUAAUUGGUUAAAUGCUUUUACUGAUGGUGUUCCGAA